CAAAAAACGAGGGUUAAGCCACCCUUCCCGAACUCCGAAAAAAAGCAGUCAGCUGAGCAGCAAUUUUUUUAGAUUCUCGCCUCGCCUUUGUCUCCUUAUCAUUGUACGAAAAUAGCCACAAAAGGCAGCAGUAUUACGUCAGGGAGCUUUGAAUGAUCGCGCAAUGAAGAAUGCCUUUUCGAGGGGUGGGCGAAGAAGAAACAAAUUGAUGCUAAAUUGAUAAGGGGCUUAAGGGUCGCGUGGCGUAGCGAAACCACCCGAAUCAUUUCAAUUUCAGUUGGGUUGUGUCUUUGGAGCAGUGCGUUCGUGUUAUCGGAACCGUUUUCGGCAUGUCUACCGGUGACAGCAGCCAAUCUACGACGGCGGAUAUAAAUGUACCGGGCUUCUUGAACGAAUCCUUCCUGCAGCGUAUUCUGGACGAGCAUCUCAAGGAUGAAAACCAGCACCCCGUUCGCAUCGACCGAAUCAACGUGCAACUUGCAACAAAGCCGGGGGACAAUUACAGCAGCGACGUGUUCAGCGUCGUGGUCCAUUACAAUGACACGCAGGAGAUCCAUUUCGUGGUGAAAGUCGUACUAGCCGGGGCGAUUAUGAAGAAUUUUUGUGACACUAUUGGUGCUUUUGUGAAGGAAGUGAACACGUUUGAACGUCUGCUGCCCGCUUUCAGUCGGAUCGUUUCGGGCACGGAUAAUGCGGCCAUCAAGUUUGGUGCAAACUGUUUCUACGCCACCCGUGAUCCGAUGGAUACGAUCGUGUUCGAGGAUCUGAAGGCACUCGGUUACCGGAUGGCUGACCGGACUCGGGGCGGACUGGACCUGGCGCAUUGCGAGUUGAUUAUGCGCAAAAUUGGACUGUUCCAUGCUGCCUCGAUGGUGUAUGUGGCGGCGGCCGAAUCUACCGAGAGGCAACUGUUCCUCGAACGCUACCGCCACGGAAUGGCUCAGCCCGGUGAUGAUGAACGGACCAAUCCGGGGCUGGCGAUGUUUAAGAAAGGGUUGGAAAAGUUUUUGGAGGUCGCGAAGCAUUGGCCGGAAUUGAAACGCUCCAUUUGGUUGAAGCUGGAAGCACUGCAAUCCGACUACUCGCGGCGCGUUGCACGGUCUGUUUCGCCUCCCGGACCGGACGAGCAGGUUGCCUAUCGCGUGCUGAACCACGGAGACCUUUGGGGCAAUAAUAUGAUGUUCCGGUACGAUGAUCCGGCCGACGAUGCGAGUGUGCGUGAGGUGACGUUUGUCGACUAUCAACUGUCCAGCUACGGCAGUGCCGGUCACGAUCUGGUGUACUCGCUUUACAACUGUCCUCAGUUUGAGGUGCGCGAAACGCGCAUCAACGACCUGCUGGAAGUCUAUCAUCGAUCGCUGUGCGAAGGGUUGCGUGCCGGCGAUUACCAGCGGCAGCCCCUUCCAUCAUUUGCCGAUGUUCAGAAGGAAUACGAACGCCACGAGUUCAUUGGCGUCGUAAGCGGACUUUCGAUGUUACCCAUCAUCCUGAUGGAACACACGGACGAUGUUAAGCUCACGUUCGAGAAUCUUAUCGAUGCGGAGCAUGCGGAAAAGAUCCGUGACAUACAGUACAACGGGCAGCUGUACCGCAAAUCGGUCGUUCCCAUCCUGGAGCGUUUAGAUGCUAAGGGACUGCUGGAUUAGGACAGCGUAAUGGAAGCAUGGUGUGGUUUCAAAUUCAAUGUAUUAUCAAUAACUGUCGAA